AUGUCUGCUCCAACCGACGCUAACAAGGUCCCGCCACAACCGGAAUCGCCCACCACCGCAAGACCCCUCGAGAUGGACGACGACGAUAUUCAAGAGGCCGGCAUCAUCAACAACGACGACAACACCACCACCACCACCACCAGAAAUGUCACCACCACUUCAGCCUCAGCAACCUCCCCCGUCGGCGAGGUCCCUCCCCCGCAGCCACCCCGGCCCGCCGUGAACGAGACGCAGCAGAACCAGCAGAUGCUCAAGGAGGCCUUCCCCACCAUCGACAUGGCCGUCAUCAAGGCGGUCCUAACAGCCAGCCGAGGGCAGAUCGAGCCGGCGUUUAAUGCACUCCUCGAAAUGACGGACCCUGACGCCGUUGCCCAGAACGAGCAACCCCCUCCCCAGCCCCCGAGGCCCGUCGCUGCCGCUCACGGACCUACCACCACGGCCCAGGAACAGCUCGAGGCAGAUGAGAGAUAUGCCCGGCAGCUAGCGGAGCACUUUGAGAAUGUCGGUGCCUACGAGGCCAGGACGGCGAACAGAGGGGGUGAGAGAGGUGGCCACCCCGGUCGGGGUGGGGGUCCGGUGCCCCGCGGAAGGCAGCAGACUGGUCUGCGCCCAAGCCAGGAUGAGCGGGAGCAUAGUUUUCUUGAUGACGAUCUUCCCGUCAUCAAGGAGCAGUUGAAGAAGGGGUUUUUGGAGACGCAGACCAAGGUCAACACGUGGUUUACGGACUUCAAGAAGAAGAUUGAUGAGCAUUUUGAUGAGCAGGAGGAGGAGCGCCGGCGGGCGGAGGGGAGCGCUGGCAGCAGCAGCAAUCCGCUUGCCGGGGGGAGGCCCACUAGGGAUCAGAACCAGACGCGGAGGAGUGCGGAUUAUGAUCGGUAUGAUGCUGAUCCGGAGCUGUUGAGUGAUGAUUUUGCGGGGAUGAAGUUUCACAGCGACGGCACCCCUGUUCAGAACCAGAGACAGUUUGGCAGCAACGCCAAUGUGUUCAGACCACCCCCGCCUUCCAAGUCGCCCCGGUCUCAUGAGGGCAGGAAAGUGGCGUUUAGUGACAAGGUGGAGGACAUUGACGCUUACAAUGCCUCCCCCAAGGUGAAGGCCCAGGAUGCGGCGGCGGCACCGGGUGGGAGCAAGCCGAGCAAGUGGCAGCCUCUCUCUGCUGUUGAGCCUAACCCGAUUGCGGACAAUGACCCCUUUAGUCUGGGGGAUAGCGACGACGAGAGAGAGGUCAAGGACAAGAAGGAGAUUAAGCUGGAGGACAGUGAAAGGCUGAGGCAGGCGACGGCUGAUGCCAUGGCUGACAGUCUGGUGGAUGAUAAGACCAAGGCUGGGAGCGGGAGCAAAUAG